ACUCUUCCACACUAAUCUGCCCCCAGUUAACCUCUCCCCUUUCAAAUCCGUUAACACUCCGUAGACAUGACAGAAACGGGGAUUCUCCGGCGGCCGAAACCGGCAUCCACCGUCACCAGGACCGCUGCCGCCACAUCGCCGACGAACACGGCAUCCGGAACCUGUUGCUGCUUCGCAAAGCUGGUGAGGAAGCUGAAGAAGCACACGAGUCGAAUGUUGAUCGCUCCGAGCCGACAGGCUUCGUUCCAAUGCCGGUACGAUCCUCUCAGCUACUCGCUCAACUUCGACAGUAGCGGCUGCGGAACCUUCUCCGACGACCGCGACCGAGACUACCACCAGUUCUACGCCUUCUCGUCGAGGUUCGUUGCGGCGCCGAAGACUGCUUGUGCGGCUUCGCAUUGAUUGAUGAGGAAGAAGUCCUGUUGGUACUGCAGUUUUGGAUGUAUAAGAGACUUCCUCUUCUAGGUUUUUGACACGAUCGAUGUUCCUAGAAUUAGUUUCAAUGGCUACUAGUACUAGAAUCGUGUAGAUAUACGAUGGUGGAGAUCCAAUCAGUGAGUUAUGAAGAAAUUAGCAUUUGAUUCUAUCUAUCUGUUCUUUGCUAUGCAUAUUUGAUCGUCAUAUAUAUUCAUCAGAAA